CGUACUUUUUAAUUGGAAAAUAAAACUUUUGAUAUAUAAAGUUCAAAAUUUUGAUAUCUUUUUAGAUUUGGUACAAUAUAUAUAUAAAUGUAAAGUAUCAAUUUUUCAUAAUUUUUACGCAUGUUGAAGAAGGAAAUAUCAAAAUUAUGGAGUAUUAAUGAAGGAAAUAUGGGGACUUACCACUUCACAAGUCACAAGUCACAAGUCACAAUAUACAUCAACCCUUAACAUUCGCAUACGGAGUAGCUAUAUUUAUAGCCUUGCUGGCUUGCUUAAGUUCAUAUAAAGAAAAGCAUAAACUGCCUCUAAACAACCCUUUCAAAUUUUGCACUAUUCGAUCGUAUUAGAUUGAUAGUGAGUGUAACUCUGUGAGUGAUUAUGAAAUGAAAGGAGUAGAUCGGUUGAGUUCGCUUCCGGAUGCCAUCCUCAUCAUUAUUCUCUCUCUUCUCCCAAUCAAUAUCGCCGCUUCCACCUCCGUCUUAUCUCAACGAUGGCGUCACCUCUGGACUGGAGUCACCCGCUUCGAAUUCAACUGUCAAAAAUACGAAACACUCUUUAAUGGCGAUAUCAUACGACAAUUGACAUCUCCAAAACUCCUCGAUUUCAAUCUUGUCUUGGAAAUCACGGCAAAUUUGCGUGAAGCUGAUAUUGCAGAACCAUGGUUCCGCGAAGUUCGUCGCAGAAAUGUGGAGAAUAUCUAUUUCGACGUUGAAGUGCUUUAUGUACCUACAUGCGUGUUUGAUUCCAAAUAUCUGUGAGAUUCAAAACUUCAAAAUAUUUAUUGGUGUGCACCGGAUUUGGUACCGGACUGUUUGACGAGUAAGCUCAAGACGGUUACAAUCAGUGGACUCAUUGGGUGCUAUGAUGAUGUGAAGAUGAUAGAGUACAUUAUAAG